AAGUAGCCGAGAGUGAGCGAGACAGAAAGAAGAACAGGCUACGGAGGUGGAGCAAGGAAGACGAAGACAGGAAACAGAGAAAAAGAGAAGACAAGAAAUCAACUCAUCUUCCUUCCCCUUCAAACCCUAAUCAACAUUUCUCCAUCUUCCUAUUAUCUGUAUCAAGCUAUAUGCACACAUAUAUCUAUAUACAUACAUAUAUUGCCAUUAAUCCGUUGUGUUCAUAUCAUAUUCAUAUAUGGAAUAAUAAUCUUUGAUCAUUCAGCCACAAUUGCCUGCUCAGUUUGAUUCAAUUGGAAGAUUUUGCCCUUACAAUCCGUUCUAAUUUUUAGAUCCAUAACAGAGAUCUUUUCCCUGCUUCCGAGGGGGAUUCGGGCUAAGAUCUGCAGCAAUUUGAACAGUCUCUGCAAUGGAUGAACUGGACGUGUUGGCGCGAGACUACGGCCUCCGACCUGGUGGCAAAUCGGCACCCAUGAGAUCCGACGGCGGAGAUCGCCGCUCUGCCUCCGCCCGGUCCUCAGCGUUCUUCGACGAUCGCGAGGGUCCAGUGUUCGACGAUGUCUUUGGUGGCCCGCCAAAGUAUACCAAUUCCAAUACCAACAAUAAGGCCUCGACGAUGAUGAAUAAUUUCGAUUACGAUUCCAUUUUCAAAUCUGGCAAUGAUUCAAAGAAAAAUAACAGCAAGAAGUCAUCUUUGCCGGUAUACGAUAAGCCAGUCUAUGAUGAUGAUAUUUUUGAUGGAAUGCCUGGUGGACUCAAGAGCAAAUCAGUGUCUUCGUCAACGCCUAGGUUUGACGAUGAUGUGUUUGCCUCUGUGGCUUCGCAGCCAAAAAAGAAUCAUAAUACUGACCAGUUUGAUGAUCUGCUAGGGAAUUUUGGGAAGAAUGAGAAGGUGACUGAAGCCAAGAGUAGUAAGAGUUCAAAUUCAAGAGGGUUCGAUGAUUUGCUAGCUGGUUUUGGGAGUGGUAAUCCUGCCAGUACUAACAGGCCAUUUACAGAGUCAAAUCAACCAUCCAAACUAUCUGGGAACUCCAAUCGAACUUCAAGCACGAUGGAUGACCCUUUUGGAGUAUUAGAUACAUCUUCAGCCCCUUCCCCAGGGGUAUUCUCUGAUCCAUUGGAAGGCAUCACUAAGCCUGGUAAAUCUGGAAGUGCAAAGGUCGAUUCUUCAUCUGUUUGGGGUAGUGCAUUUGAUGAAUUGGAUCCACUCAAUAGUUUUGGUAGAUCAGUGCCUCCAUUUUCCCCUGAAAGGAAUAAGAAAAGGAAUAAUGAGAGCCCUACUAGGGACAGAUCAGGGAAGGGUGAGAAGCAAACAUCUACUGUCAGAGAAAACACUGAAUCUUCUUUCAGAAAUUCUCAGAGACAUCCCCACAAGACCAUUCAUGGAGACAGCUUUCCGCAGUCUUUGUUUGAUGCACCUGCAACAGAUUCUCAGAAAUCUUUUAGCCAAGAUGCUGCUUCUUCCCCUUAUCCUCAGUAUGCAAGUGUAAAUAGUGAUGAGAACAGUUCCCAGGUAGAUCUGACUCCUAGAUCAGAGGAACAAGUGCAGGCUUCAGAAGAUAUUUGGAUUACAGUAUCAGAGGUUCCCCUUGUCACGCAACCUACAAGUGCUCCACCUCCAUCUCGGCCCCCUCCUCCAAUUCCAAGACAGACCGCUAAGUCAGGGACAGGUUUCUUUGCUUCACAUCCAUGGAGAGGUGAUGAUUAUUCAUCAGUACCAAGUUACAGUGAAUACUCUGAGAGUCCUAAGACUGCCCGUGCUGCGUCUAAGAGCUCUCCAGUUUCACAACUGGAUGAACUUGAGGAAUUUUUCGUGGGUAGGACUCAGAACAGUGUUGACGGAACUGCCAGUGCUCUUGCUGGUGAAGAAAUGAAUACUAACUCUGUUGCUGCUGCAUCUGCUGCUGCAAUGAAGGAGGCUAUGGACAGAGCAGAGGCUAAAUUUAGGCGUGCAAAGGAAGUUCGGGAAAGAGAAUAUGCAAAGGCAGCUAGAACUAAUGUGCAGUUAGAUAAGGAUGAACAGGACAUUCAUGAGAUGCAAGACAGAGAAUUCAAGGAAGACCAAGAGAAGUUAGAGCGUGAACGGCGUCAGCGCGUAAAGGAAGAGGAAGAGAGGGAACAGAGGAGACUUGAAAGGGAGAGGGAACGGGCUAGGCAGGUUGUAGAUAGGGCUACAAGGGAAGCACGUGAAAGGGCAGCAGCUGAGGCACGUGAAAGAGCUGUUGCUGAUGCUCGUAUGAAAGCUGAAAGAGCUGCUGUGGAGAAGGCAGCUGCUGAAGCUCGAGAGCGAGCUGAAAGGGCUGCAGUUCAGAGAGCACAAGCAGAAGCCCGUGAAAGAGCUGCUGCAGAAGCAAGGGAAAGAGCAAAUGCAGAAGCGAGAGAAAGAGAAGUACAAGAAAAAGCUGCUGCUGCCAAGGCUGAGGCUGAGGCACGUCGGCGGGCGGAAAAAGCUGCUGUAGAAAGGGCUGCUGCAGAGGCUCGUGAGAGAGCUGCUGCUGAGGCUCGAGAAAGGGCUGCUGCUGCAUCAAGGGUGAACCAACAAAAGAAUGAUAAUGAUCUUGAAUCAUUCUUUUGUAUGGGUUCUCGAGCAAGCAGUGCUCCAAGGCCAAGGGCAAGUUCUCCUGAUACUAUGUUUGACAUGCAAUUUCAGAACAAGGGAGGCUCUGAAGGGGCAAAAGCAACAUCUUCAUUUAGUGGAGCCACCUCUAACAUGAGGAAAGCAUCGUCAACUACUAAUAUUGUGGAUGAUCUAUCUUCAAUUUUUGGAGCUGCUCCAUCAUCUGGAGAGUUUCAGGAGGUUGAAGGGGAAAGUGAUGAUAGAAGAAGAGCUAGAUUGGAGCGCCAUCAACGCACCCAGGAGCGAGCGGCUAAGGCCUUGGCAGAAAAGAAUCAACGUGAUCUUCAAGUCCAAAGGGAUCAGGAAGAAAGACAUAGAAUUGCCGAGACUUUGGAUACUGAAAUCAAGAGAUGGGCUGCUGGGAAGGAAGGAAAUCUGCGUGCACUUCUUUCAACAUUGCAAUAUGUGCUUUGGCCUGAAUGUGGUUGGCAGCCUGUUUCUUUGACAGAUUUGAUUACCGGUGCCUCUGUCAAAAAAGCAUAUAGAAAGGCUACGCUUUGUAUCCAUCCUGAUAAGGUGCAGCAAAAGGGUGCCACUCUGCAGCAGAAAUAUAUUGCUGAGAAGGUGUUUGACCUUCUUAAGGAAGCAUGGAACAAAUUUAAUUCAGAGGAGCUUUUUUAGAUACAUCAUUCAUUCAUUAGCUUUGAGGGGACUUUUCGGACUACUGCUAGAAUGGUAGAUGUUAUGCACGCACAAUUAAGAGAGAGAUAUAACAGCUCGUGCAUGACCACCUAUUUCCCUUGUUGGUGUUGGAUCUUGCAACUCGAUACUGGAGAGUGGAGACCCCUCUAGCUGCUGAGUUGAAUGAUAAAGUAAAAUAUACACUUGGCUGUAUAUUGAUGUCAAUGUAAAAGGCGGCAUGGGCGCAACUCAUCACAGUUGAAGUGAUAGGUUGGUGCAGAAUAGGAUUGUUCCCAAUCAUCCCAUGCAUCAAUGUCACAUUUGAUUGCCUGCCCACAUGGUGUGCAUCAGAUGAUCAUUUUGUUUCCCCGGGAUUCUUUUUGCUUCUCGUCAAAGUUUCUACUCUACUCUACGUGUUUGUGUUACGAGAUACGCCAAUGCUCUCUAUAUGGAGCAAUGUAUUAUUGUUGAGAUUGAAAGCUAAUACAAAAUGUAGUAGUUUUUCGUAUUUCU